AUGGGCAAACCCGACACAAAGACCAUCUACGCCAACGAGCGGCGCUUCCUCGACGACCGCGGCACGGCAGCCGCCCUGGCCCCCAAUGGCGAGAACCCGGCCAAGAUCAUGGAGAAGGCCGUCAUCGGGCGCAUCGUCGACGCGCAGUACUUCCAGUACCAGUGCUUCGCCCUCAACGAGGCCGGCAUCGUCGACCGCGUCGUCAACGACGUCAAGUUCAUCGGCGGCACGUACGGCUCCGCGCAGAAGCCCACGCCCUUCCUCUGCCUCGCCUUCAAGCUGCUGCAGCUCGCGCCGAGCGACGCCGUCCUCGAGAUGUACCUGAGCUUUGGCGGCGACAAGUUCAAGUAUCUGCGCGCGCUCGCCUGCUUCUACAUUCGCAUGACGAGACGCGCCAAGGACGUGUAUGCCAUUCUCGAGAGGUACCUCGUCGACCGGCGGAAGCUGCGGCGGAAGGGGCGACAAGGCACGAGCUUGACGUUUGUGGACGAGUUUGUGGACGACCUGUUGACAAAGACGAGAGUGUGUGCGACGAGUUUCAGGGAGCUGCCGAGGAGGACCGACCUCGUGGACCUUGGAGAGUUGGAAGAGAGGGAGAGUCCUCUGGGCGAUAUUGACGAACUCCUCGAUGCCGACGACGAGGAACAGCAGCAAGACCAGCAGCAGCAGCAGCAGGAUGAGACGCCAGGUAGCAGGGCAGAUGAUGAGUCAGACGGCGAUAUUGUCGAGAGGCGACAGAACGGCGGCAGAAUGGACGUCGACAGGAGCCCAUCGCGAAGUCGAUCAAGGAGUCGGGAGCGAACGCCCUGA